AUGGAGGUACACGGGACAACCAGCGCUCCUCCCCCCGCUCUUACGUCACUCCCUCCGCGGCCAAUAGCAGCUCUCCUCCGGGGAGGACGGGGCGGAGCUGUGACCGAGGCUCCAGCGAGGUUUAACACGAUCGCGCAGCCGCCUCCACCGCCUCUGUCCAAGCACCACUCGGAAUUAUCAGACAUGCAAGGGAUGGAUUACCCAAUGUACGUGUACAAACCCAGGCGCGGCAUGAAAAGGGGCGAAGAAAGCAAGGACACGUACAAGCUGCCUCACAGACUCAUAGAGAAGAAGAGACGUGACCGCAUCAAUGAAUGCAUCGCGCAGUUAAAGGAUCUGCUUCCUGAGCACUUAAAACUCACGACUCUAGGACACCUGGAGAAGGCCGUGGUGCUGGAGUUGACGCUGAAGCACGUGAAGACGCUCUCCACGUUGCUCGAACAGCAGCAGCAGAAGAUCCUGGCCCUUCAGAACGGCCUGCAGAUCGAGCAGCCGGACAUGAGCCAGGAGAAAUCCGAGGAGAUGUUUCGCUCUGGGUUCCACGUGUGCGCCAAAGAAGUGCUCCAGUACAUCGCCAACCACGAACAAUCGCGCGACUUCACCCUGUCCCACGUCAUCACCCACCUUCACAAAGUGGCCUCCGAGGUCCUGCAACCGCCCACCCCUGCCCCCGCCAACACCGCCGCCAGCCCGGAGCCACGAGACCUCACGCAGCACGCCGACGUCUCCCCGCGCGAAGACACCACUCACCCGCGCCUCAGCCCGACCCCGAAGGCUACAGCGAAAAACUGCGUCUCCGUCAUCCAGAGGGCGUACACGGCUCAGGGCGGCGAGCAGAGCGGGAGCGACACAGACACGGAUAGCGGCUACGGCGGCGACGCAUCGGAAAAAGGCGAAAACGGCGCGCAGACGGCUCGUCCCGAUUAUUACAAUCAUUUAAAGCGCGACCGGCAAAGCUCCCCGGUCAAGAUUGAAGACGAAGUCCCAAGACACAAGCGGCAGAGAGCGGAGUCGAGCGAGGACGAGGUCUCCAGCGGGGAGUCUUCGUCCAGCGGCUACGGCAGCCCGCCUCAGCCGCACCCGCUCUGCAUGCCUUUCUACCUCAUCCCACCGUCGGCAGCUGCAUACCUGCCCGUGUUGGAGAAAUGCUGGUACCCCGGGGCUGGGAUUCCCAUGCUCUACCCUGGCGGUAUUGGGGGCUCGUCCCCGCAGUCCAGUCCGCAGGCAAUGGUGCUUUCGCCGCAAGGAGGUUCCCCGGCUCCCGUCACGCCCGUCCACGACACGCACAAUUCGUCGCCCAUGGAUUCGCCCGCCCUGCUCCAAGCACUGAAGCAAGUGCCACCCCUCAGCCAGGAAACCAAAGAGUGA